AUGGAUAAUUGUGUUUAAUAAAAUUGUGAAGAAAAUCAAUUGUGUGACAAAUAACAUUGUAAUUAAUAAAAAGAUGCUUAAUAACAAUUAGGUUCCAAUACUAAUUGUUGUGAAUCUGAAGAGUAAAUCAAAAAUAAUGUAAAACAAAGAUAUGGAGAAAUAUGUGAACAAAAACUAUCAAUAAAUUCAGGUUGUUGUAGUACUUCUGGUUGUGGAACUAUAGAUUAUGCUUUAUUUGCAGAAAAAUAUUAAAAUUUGUAAGGAUAUAUUCCAGAAGCUGACUUAGGAUUAGGAUGUGGAAUUCCAACUGAAUUUGCAGAGCUUAAAAAAGGAGAUGUUGUACUUGAUUUAGGUUCAGGAGCUGGAAAUGAUUGUUUUAUAGCAAAAGCAUAGGUUGGUGAAAGUGGAAGAGUUAUAGGAGUUGAUAUGACACCUAGUAUGAUAAGAAAAGCUUAAUUAAAUUCAGAUAAAUACAAUAUUAGAAAUGUUGAAUUUAGAUAAGGUGAUAUUACAGAUAUACCAGUUUUAGAUAAUUAUGUUGAUGUUGUUAUUAGUAAUUGUGUAAUCAAUUUGGUACCUGAUAAAAGAAAAGUAUUUUCAGAAAUCCAUAGAGUCUUGAAAUAAAAUGGUCACUUCUCUAUUAGUGAUGUUCUAUCAACUGGAGAUUUACCUUUAGCUAUAAGAUAAGCAUAAGAAUUGCAUAUAGGUGGUGUUUCAGGAGCCCUUAGAAAAGAUGUAUAUUUAAAAACUCUUGAAGAAUUAGGAUUCACUGACAUCAAAAUUAAAAAAGAAAAAGUUAUUGAUUUCCCUGAAGAAUUGAUGUUACAGUAUGUAUCUAAGGAAGUAUUAAAUGAAUUUGAGAAUAGUGGUACCAAAAUUUUAAGUGCAACCAUUUUUGCAAGAAAAAAAUGA